UGCUGGAGCUAUGGAAGUCAUGAGCUCAACUUUAGUAACAAUCAAGAACACAGCUGUGCUUGCGAACGCAGCUUGGUUUACGUACGACGUGAGGGACCAACCUCCACACGUCUCUUGCUUGAAAGACUACGAGCAAAUUUUUGGAAGCAGAUACUAGUGUGCAGACAAACCACAACAGUGCCAGACACCUGCUAUUGAAAAUCAGAGCUGCUGGAUGUGCCCAGUUCCUGGCUCCUGGUUGCUGCUAUGGAAAAGUUCGUGGUCAGGGUUAAGAAGAAAAGUUCUGACAGCAGCGAUGGAGGAAACCAGAGGAAGAAGAUCAAACUGGAGGGAGACGAGAGCCUGAAGCAGGAGGAAGACGAGGAAGAGUAUGAUGAUUCUUUAUCAGAGUUUUCUCAUCCUGUUCCCUGGCAGAAAAUAGAGGCAGAAGAUCUGGACUGUGAUUAUGCUCUGCUGUUCUCUAAAGACGAGGCAGACCGGCUUUUCCAUCAGCUGGAGGAGGAGGUGGUGUACUCUACAGGUGAGGAAUCAAAGGUGCAGGUGUUUGGAAAGGUGUACAACAUACCGAGGAAGCAGGCCACCUAUGGAGAUGAAGGUCUAACCUACACUUACUCUGGAGUGACUCGGGUAGCCUGCCCGUGGACGCCAACCUUAGAAUACAUCCGAGAUUCUGUCACAGAAACAACGGGACAGACAUUCAAUUUUGUUCUGAUAAACAGGUACAAAGAUGGUCAGGAUCACAUGGGGGAGCACCGUGACGACGAGAAGGAGCUGGACCCUCUCUGUCCCAUCGCCUCGGUCUCUCUGGGAGCAGCUCGAGACUUCAUCUUCAGACACAGAGACGCUCGGGGCAAACAGAGCAGCAGACAGAUCGAACCUGUAAAACUGGAGCUCGCUCACGGCAGCCUGCUCCUCAUGAACUCUCCCACCAACACCUUCUGGUACCACAGCCUCCCCGCUCGCAAGAAGAUCACCCUGCCUCGCAUCAACCUCACCUUCAGACGCAUCCUAGCGGACAGAAAAAUCAAGAAAUAAUAGACUCCAGUCCUUAUGGACUUGUGUGUUUGUGAGGUGGCUGAUGAUGGCAUGAUGGGAAAUUUUUAAAACCAGUCAGCUCACUGUAGAUUUUCUCAGAAAGAUCAACCUGACUGAGGAUUGAUCACCUUUAGCUAUAUUUAUAAGGUUACCCCUGAAAGUUGGAAGGCAGCUACCAAAAUUUAUUCAGUUCAAAUGUUGGUUGUUUUUAGAGAUUUCUAGAAAUGAAUGCAUUAUCGGGAGGGACUACCGGUUCUGUCUCAUAAUGACGACAUAAAUAAGCCCAUAUCUGCAAGAAAAUUAAAACAUUACUUGUUAGUUGAGGGUUUCCAUACAUCCUAAACUUUUUGCAUAUCUACCUGCAUUCAAUUUGUCUUUAAUGUUGUGAUAAAUAAAUUACACU